AUGGCGUCUUCUGCGGAUGUUCACAUCCGAAUUUGCGGACAAGAAAUUAUAAAAUAUGAUCUUGAAAUCAAAGCUCUCAUCCAGGACAUCAGGGAUUGUCCUGGACCUCAGUCUGCUCUCAUGGAGCUCAACUCUCAGGUCAAACAGAAGUUCAACAAGCUGAGGCUCAGAAUACAGGAUCUGGAGCAGAUGGCUAAAGAGCAGGACAGAGAGUCAGACAGACUGGCCAUCCAGGCAGAGACUGAGAGCCAGCGACGGCAAAUGCUGAGUAACCAGACAGCGUGGAGGAAAUCUAACCUCGCUUGUAAACUUGCCAUAGACAGCAUGGAGAAGGAUGAGCUGCUGCGUAGUGGAGAAAACCAGAGCACCAGGCAGAGGAAGGCAACCAAAGAAAAUCUAGUGGAAACCAGCAGCAACAUCACAGAGAGUUUGAUGUCCAUCAGCAGGAUGAUGGCUGAACAGGUGAAGCAGAGUGAGGACACCAUCGGCUCACUGGCCACCUCCUCCAGGACGGUGCAGGAAACCAAUGAGGAGUUUAAAAACAUGACUGGAACCAUCCACCUGGGCAGGAAGCUGAUCCUCAAGUACAACCGUCGGGAGCUGACAGACAAGCUGCUCAUCUUCCUGGCUUUAGCCCUCUUCCUCGCUACUGUCCUUUACAUCCUCAAGAAGCGCCUCUUUCCCUUCAUCUAGCCGAGCAGCCAAACCUGCAGGAUCACUGCUUUUCCUCCAAGAUUCAAGAACUGACUUUCGCAAGUAGGAGGUAUGAAGGAGAAGCAGGGUCCACAUGGGGUGUUAGAAGCAGCAGUGAGACUGAGGCACGCAGAGGGGGUGUCAAGUGAAAACCUUUCACCAUGUAUGUACAGUAAUGCAAAAUGUGGGUUUAUAAAUCAGUUGGGAAGGUUGUGAUCGUUUUAAACAGGAAUCCUUUAACUGAACUGAAAGGAGCACAAAACUGGCAUUAGAGGGUUUCAAUGAACAGCAAAAAGUUUAAAGCCUCAGCAUGCUUCAAACAAAUGGGGUGUGCUGAUGGACACAUCUCCAGGCAGAAGUUUUUAUAUGCAUUGCAGAUGGUCACAUUUGAAGGAGGGAUGGAAACGCUGCUGUCAGUACGUCUUUGUGGCACUUGUAUUAAUUGGGAUAGGAGUUGACAGUUUCAGAAGAAGUAGCUGUAGAGCUCUUUGAGAGAAGCUCAGAUCGUAUUGUCUACUGCCUAUCGCUGUUGGAUUGUGGGUUCAGGAAAAGCACUUUGAAGCAGUCUGAGGCUUUAAUUCUUCAUGUGGCAUUCAGAACUAACCAGCAUCAAGGACACGGUAUGCAAUAAGCUCCACCAUGUUUACUUUUUGUCAAAGUAACGUGUUUGUGUGCAUGUUGAAAAGAGAAAGUGUGUGUGUAUGUAUGUCUGCUCUGGAUGGCUUAUUUUAAGAUGUUGUUGUUACAGUUGUUGAUGAGUUUACCUUGUGCCUUUCUUCCCUUCAGUCAGGCUGCAUCUGCACGUGUAUGUUUUCUUUUUAAAACACUUCUCCUUUAUUGAUGCGUCAUGCACAACACUACAGUAUUUUAGGAGACCUGAAACAGAGACUUUUGCAAACCAUUUUAGUUUGAGUCUUUGGGAAACAAUGAUGUAAACACUUAUGGUUUCUUGACCGUUUACAUAAAGAAAAACACAGAUACCAGCCUUGACAGCCAGUUGUUCAAUCAACACAGAUAGCGAAUUAGGCUACAGGUAUUUCUGACCGUGUUGUCAAUGCGGCCAAUUGUGGAGUUAAGAAAAUCUCUGGACUUAAUUUAUGCCAUUGCUGUUGUUUGUCGUAUGUUUACAACUGAGGUUAAAUUUUGAUACUGAAACUCUGGAUGAGGAUCGUUUUUCAUUUUUAAACACCACUUUAGAAUAAAAACAUAUUGGUGCAGAUGUAGCCUCUGACAUUCAGACUACUGAACCAGUAAUCUGACGAUUCUCUGAAGGGUGUCUUGCCAUGUUGAGUCAGACUGUGUGAAUGUUGAACAAAAAAGUCAGUUUUGAUGAAAACUGAAUGUUUCCAAAAUAUCAAGGGAUCCGUUGUUGUGCAGCAGAUGUGCCAGUAGAUGUCAAAAUACCCGACAUAUCACCAUGCGAGAUGCAACACUGUGAAUUUGUGUGAAUAAGUGUUUAACUGGACAGAAAUGACUUAAUGAACAAACAUCUCCAGCGACUUCAUUGUAGUUUAAUUAAUUUCAAUUAAAAUUGCUUACAACUGAGUUUUAAAGAUUCAUUUAAAUAAAAUAAAAUAAAAACUUACAAAA